AUGUUUCUUGACUUGAUUUUGGCAACCGCUGUGUCCAAUUCUGUUAUCAUAUCAUGUUGUCGUUCGAGGAAAUGGUGGCCGCAAAUCUGGGCUCCGUUGGUUGGUGUCGGGCUUCGUCGAUGUCAUGUCAAGUGCGCUGAAGCUGCGCUGGACGAGGCUGCGUCGGCACUGGAGCCAAAGUUUGGGCAGAGCCUCAGGGAGCUGCUGAAACACUCCAAGAGUGCAUUGUAUGCUCAGAAGCCAGCGGGGCGUAUGAGCAAAGAAGAGGAGAGAGUGAGCAAACUUGCACUGGAAGGGAACAUUCCUUCCUGGCCUUUCCAAGCCCUAGCACCGGUGCCCAUGGCGCUCUUUCACCUGGCCGGUGUGCUGGAAUUGCGGCUCUCCGGGUCUUGCAAUCUUUAUGAACUUCCGCUGGAAAUUGGUGGAUGCCAGCACUUGGAGACACUGAGCUUGAUCGGCAACAGCCUGUCAGCUAUCCCUGCAGAAUUGGGCAUGCUCACAGAACUUCGCUAUCUCUACCUGAAUGGCAACUUCCUUCGAAGUCUUCCCGAAGCAGUUUGCGACCUGCCAAAGUUGCAGGAGAUAUGUUUAGAUGCAAAUUGCCUGGAAGAAGCACCGCGUUUUUCUUCAACCGCGCUUGAUUUGUACACAGCGCCGGGCAACAAGUUUCCGGACGUUGCUUUCUCGCACCACUUCGAGAGGUUGGAAGUCCAUGGCAACCAGAUCCGGAACAUCAUUCCGCUGAACCCCGGCAUUCCUUCCCAGUUGGUCACGUUGAAGGUGAUGGGCAAUCAGCUCACAGAGCUGCCGGAAGAGGUGGCUUUAAUGCCCUUUCUUCGGAUCCUGUCCGUAGCCACCAACCGCCUUCGCUCGCUCCCCAAAGGGCUUUCUCAACUGCAUGAACUCGAAUGGCUUUUGGCAUAUGAGAAUUGCAUCACGGACUUGCCCGCAAAUCUGGGACCUGGUUGCUGGACUUUGACACGGCUCUUGCUGGAGUCUAAUCCAUUGACACCAACAGCAUUGGCUGAGUUGAUCUCCGAUUUGAGCAGGAGCCGGAUCAAAACACUGGGCCUUGACACCAGCCAAGUUUCAAUGGCUGUUGAAGCUUUGCCCAACUGGGAGCCGUUGCCAUCAGCGGUGUCAGUGGGCACUGUACUUCCCAUCAGUGGCUGCAGCCAAAUCAGCUUGAAGUUGACCAGGGCCUCUCAGUUGAGAAGGGACGGCAUUCGCUCUGUGGCAGAGCCUAUGGGGCCACCAGACCCUGUGACCCAACCAGCCGCGUUGCUCAUUGUGGCCUUUGGAGCCUCACAGGGCGAGCCAGAGUGGCUGGGCUUUUUGCGUCGCCUUUUGGAACUCGGCGAGGUGAAGCCCUGUGGCGAAACCGAGGGCAGCCUUGAUGAGCUACUGAAGGAUGCUGACUCUGAUUUUGACGCCAGGAUGUCAAGGUUAUGGUCAAAUUGCCCUCAAGAUGCUUCCUCCGUGACUACGCAGGUCAGAACGACCCCAUCAAUCUCCCUGGAAGACUUCGAUGUGCUAACAGUUGUGGAUCACCGGAUGCGAUGGUACAAUGAAGACCGCCCAGCUCUGGAGAAAGUCUUGAAGGAUCUUCGCCCAAAGUAUUCGAAGAUGUUAUUUGUCGGAGCUUCCAUGGGUGGCUUCGGAGCGCUUUUGCACGGUGGACCUUUAGCAGAUGGGGUUGUUGCCUUCAACCCGCAGGCCACGCUAACGGAGGCACUGCUGAGACCACCAGCAGAGACACAGAAGGAUUUGGAGGAUCUAUCACAGGCAGUGAUGGAUUCUGUGCAAACUGCCAAGGGCCGCGGGGCACAGAUCACUGUGCACUGCGCAGCAGACGAGCACUUGUCCCACGGCUUGGCCUUGCCGAGUGGAAUUCGCCUGGUGGUGCAUCCGCUCCAGCCAAGGAAGCCUUUCGCUCGCAUUUUGGACAGGGCCCGAUUGAUCCCCGUUGUGUCGGAUGCCAUUUUCCGCUUGCUUGGAACAAGUCCCAACGAUUCUCAAUGCACCACGAUGCUGGGAUGUUGGUGCAGGAACGGAAGCCUGAAGUACAUCAAGGCAGAGCCAGGAAUUGAAGUGUCGUGUCACGGUGUCACAGCAUGUCACAGCGUACUGCACAGCGUACUGCACAGCUUCGAGGCGAGCAGGGUGCAGCAGCCUGUCAAGGUGAUCACAGGUGCUCCCGUGGUUCAGCAAACAGCAGCCGCCGGUACCCCCUUCACGGCCAACUUGGCAAGUGCACAGCAGUUUCCAUCGCUUGGAACGCGGACUGUGACUGCACCAAUGGCAAGCAGUGCAUGGGCAGCACGGCCGCCCAUAGUUGCGGCGGCCGGUGCAGUUUCACAGCCAGUCACAGCCGGUGCGCCUGUGGCUACGAUGGCUCCAACCACUGUUCAGCCGCGGCCGGUAGUGAUGCAGCCAGCCACUAAUGCUAUGAAUGCCAGCACACGAACGAUUACGAUGACACCACAAACUAUUCAAGCACCGUAUCCAGCAAGCAUCCCAGCAAGCUACCAAAUGAGCCAAAUGGCGUAUGCUGCACCAGUGGCUGCACCUCGGGUGAUCAAGGAGGUCGCGGAUAAAGAUCGCCGCUCUCGCAUGGCAUAUUCCACCUACCAUCAGGAACCAAAGAAAGGAGGGGCUGGUGGCGCGUAUACCUGGGGCACCGCUGGCGAUGUGCAGGACUACGAUCCGACCACAGUGCAAGCAAUUGAGUCCAAGGUGACCACGGCACCCACUCCAGUGAGCCAAACAGUCGCUGCAGCCACUCCCUUCACAGGCAACAUUUCAAGUGCCCAGCAGUUCCCAUCCCUUGGCUCCUCCGGCCAGCCGCAGCCUAGCUCUCCGUGGGCAGCAGCACCUGCUUCCAUCAAGGAGCCUCCUGUGAUGACUGGCCCCACAGGAACAACACCAGCAGGUUCUCCUGGAUUGGUUCCAAGUCCUGCUCCUGUGGCAUCUCCACCUGGUCCAGUUCCAGCAGCCGAAGGACGGCAAGAAUUGCUCUAUUCAGUGAGGCAUUGGGUAGAACGGUUCAGUGGCUCCUAUCUUCCUGCUUCCAGAUGCUUCCAGAUGCUUCCAGAUGCUUCCAGACGGUGGCUCCUUCUUCUGGGCGGCAUUCUAGUUACAGGUAGCCAGAUUUUCCGCGCUGAAGCGAUGGUAUUGCCGGAGAAAGCCACUGUGGAGACGAUGGCGUCGUUGCUUGCAGCCCUGGCGAAUCUUUGCGUUGCAGUCGCGAUGAUUUUCCUUGUCAGCAAACUCGCCACCCUGGACUUCCAGGGAAUCCGAGGGCGAGGAGCAUCGAUAGAUGCGUCAGGUGCUCCAGUGAUGGGACGCCAAGUGUCGCAAACAAAGGAAGCUUCUGAGCUCGGCCCAAACGCCUAUGAGGUCUCGGAGGAAAAGAAAGACGGAAGAAAAACAGUUUCGACCUACCUGCAGUCCAAGACGGGCGAAAGCAUCAUGAUUCAAGACUCUCCCGAUGCCAUUAAAAACAUGAAGAGCGUGUUCAUGAGGCUCUGCCAAUCUUCCAAAGAACAGAUCUCGGUCGGCGAUGUUGUCAAAGUGCACAACCUGUUGGGUGAGCCAAUUGAUGAAGAUGAGGAGAAGCAGUUGAUGGAGUUCUUCAAAACAAACUCAAAAUCGACUGCCUGCAUCACCUUUGACAUGUUCAUGCGGUGGUGGAGCGAGCUUCACGACAGCUCCGCUGACCCGGACCAGUACUACUCCAACGAGCGAUACCGUCAGCGCUUCAAGGUGCUUCACUCUCGUUUGAAGGACCCAAAACUUGCUCAAAUCACAGCUGUCAAGGAAGGAGAUGUUAGUUCCAGACGUUUCCGAGUAUGGUUCGAGUGCGACGGCACUGGACUAUCACCUUGGCAUGACAUCCCGCUUCGAAAUGCCGAUGGCUCUUACAACUUUGUUUGUGAAAUCCCGAAGUGGACUAGAAAGAAGUAUGAGAUUGCCACUGGCGAAGCCAUGAAUCCAAUCAAGCAGGAUGUGAAGAACGGUGUGCUGAGAGAGUACAAGUGGGGGGAUAUGCUCUUCAACUAUGGGGCUUUCCCUCAGACAUGGGAAGACCCCAAGCAUGUAAGCGAGGAUACGGGCUGCCCAGGAGACAAUGAUCCAGUGGAUGUCAUUGAGUUGGGUUCCCGGCAGCGACCCGUUGGUUCUAUCACAGCUGUCAAGAUCCUUGGCGUUAUUGCUAUGAUCGAUGAUGACGAGACAGACUGGAAGGUCCUGACGAUUGCGCUUGAUGACGACAAAGCUCAGAACAUGCAUGAUCUCGGUGACGUGGAUGCUCACUUUCCUGGCAUGACCUCUGCCUUGACUGAUUGGUUGCGUAUGUACAAGACAGCCGAGGGCAAGAAAGAGAACAAGUUUGGCUUCGGUGGAAAGCCUCAGGGCGCAGCUUUUGCGAGAAAAAUUGUAGACGAGACCCAUCAAUCAUGGCGAAAGCUCAUGGCUGCGGCCGAUGAGAAGGGCAAGGUAAAGAAGGUGGCCAGCGGAGCAAACCUCUAUACAGAUUUGGCACUCGGUCAGAUCUUUCGCCUCUUCUUUGGUCCAGGCUCUGCAUUUAUUCCCCGACCAGGUGAUUGGUUUUGUGGAAGCUGCCAAGCACGCAACUGCAGGGAUCGCUACUUUUGCUGGCGCUGCAAGCCUCCGAGUCCAAUCACAUGUCCUGGUACUGUCAAGGUCUUGGACAACUUCAAUUAUCCGUCCCGGUGGGACUGGGGCUGCACAAACUGUGGGGCGGCUAUGUGUGGCUACCAGUGGCGUUGUUCGAAUUGCAAUGCCGAGCGGCCAGGCACGCACUGGGAGCCAGAGCGAACCUGA